GCGUUUGAUGCUGUACGGGGACGGUCGUGGACAGUGCAGCAACGUUUUGCUUUUAAACACAUUGUUUGUUUCGCGGUCAUUGCACGUAUACUAAGCGCCGGGGUUUUUGAUUCAAUAUCGAACGCACGCACUAGAAAAUGUGAUCAUUUCCAGCGCUGUUUCAACUAAGCAAUUCGCGAACGAGAACCGCAGUGUAAAAGGGAAAUCCCUUUUGCCCACCUCGCUCUUUUGCUUCAUGCGUUUCCUUGACGUUGAAAAAUAGAUGUGCAUUCGGUGGCCGCAACGACCACGUGUGUGUGAGAAGAUAGUGAUGUUCCCUCAGCGGGUGUAAUGCCGCUAUAUCAGCAUCCGUACAUCAAUGUUUGCUAACUGAUAGUCAAAUUGUGUGAUUUCGGAUGUCUGUUCGCCGCAGGACGGAAGCGUGUGUGCGUGUGUACACGAUUGACGUGGUUCGAUUUCAGCUGUCAUGCUUUCAUCUCCUUGGUGACAAAUGCACCACAAAGUGAUUCCCUGCAGUCCGGUAGUGUGGAGUGCGUUAGUGGUGUGUAAUUAAUCUUAGUAGUCUCUGGCAAGAAGAAGUUACAUUUGCAAGAAGCGAAGGCUGCAAACGAAAAGAAAGGUCAGCGGAAAAGCUUGGUGCUAAGAAAAAAGAAAGGAGUGUUGCUCUAUCCGGUAGUGUAUACCUACGUUCCGUGUUGUGUGUUCUGUGGUGUAGUGUAGUGUGUUUUGUGUGUGAUCCUAUGUAGUAGUGCGUACCGUGACAAAGAAAGGAUGCCAACGGUGGUAACACGAAUGUAUGCUAGAAGUUGGUGCUAGUUGGAAAAUAAAUUACUCGAGAGUAAAAAAAUCUAAUGAAAAUGUUCGUUGACGGAGUACUACAUUUAACGGGUGGCAAACGCGUGCCAGGCUAUUAUCUCAAAAGUGUUGGCCAAGGUCCGGGCAUUAAAAAUACCCGCGAGCCCGAGUGAUUCCCGUGACGUCCUUGUAUUGUUAAUCCUUCUGUUGUGUGCGUUAAAAAUAAACGAAAUUGUAAUAUCCUUUCUUGUGCCCCAGCAAAUAUCCCACUAAACGAAAACGCGUUCUAUUAACAAACGGAAUGGGAAUUAGGCUUCCUCAUCACUGAUGGUGAUCGAUAAUCAUUGUACAUCUUCUCUUUAGACUGACCGAGCCGAGGAAGAGAGCGAAUGUGAGAUGGCGUCCGAAACGGAAAGUCCUAUCCCGGCGUGCCCACCGCUACCGGAAACGGCCGGUGACCGUACCGUGUACCGGAAGGUGUCCAAAGGGCGUGAAGUGGACGGUGAUAACAGUGAGCUUAACGGUGGCGAGCGUUUAAAGUGCCGAACGGAAACGGGCCCGGUCGAUGGUGCUCCGGAAAGUUUAAAGUACGCCAAGUAUAACGUGACCGGUCCAACGGGACCCCCAGCACUUGCCGGGGAGUGUAAGGGGGUGGGAACGGUAGCGGUUGCAGUAACCGGUGGUGUCUCGGUAACGCUCGAAGAGAUCCUAAAAACGUUCAAUGCACCCAUCUCGGAGGAUCAGGCAUGGGCACUGAUCUAUCAAACGUCCCGAAUGUACAAGGCCCGCAUCCAGGAACCUGGUAGCCGAUUGCGUGACCUUCGGUUACCAUUACAUCCUCAUCAGCUGCACGUCCAGAAGGAUGGUAGCUGCAACGUGACGGCAAGAGCAGAUAAGGAGCUGUGCAUUCCAUCGACCCAGAAAAAGAUACUGCUCAAACUGGGCAUUGUCGUGUACCGGGCACUCGAUUACAACCUGCCCACUAGCGAAGACUGCCAGAUCUCGCACGAGCUGGAGGAGCUGAUCGACUUCAUGACAUCCGAAGAUAACGAUGACGAAGGUAUCGAGCGUGACUCGGAAGAAAUUGAAGAGGACCUGGUGACGGUCGACAGUGACGGUGACUGCCCCGGCAACGGAUCGUUAGGCGGUGUGAUCACGAACCUGGAGGUAGUAAGCGUAACUGCCAACGGUUGCGGUGGCGGUGAGCGAAAGCAUCUCGAAACCAAAGAACUGGAUCACGUGCUGGAGUAUUGCUCAUCGCGUGUAUCACCCUCGAAGCCGGAAGAUCACUAUCGGGCUGUUUGUCGGGCGCUCGUAACGGAAACGCUUGAGCUACGGACAUUCCUGCAACGGGUAUGUCAAGGUGAGGCGGAGGUCCUACGGUUAAAGGCCCAGGCAGAAACGACCGGCAAGGAGCUCGAAAAGAUCCACUUCAACGAUUGGUCGGACGAUCAAAGAAUCUGGCAAGCACUGCAAGCCCGCUUUUGGAUGCAGGUCGUUGAUGAGCUACGGCGUGGUGUACGGUUGAAAAAGAUCAACUUUUCGCGCACACCGAUCGAGUACGAACUGACGCCCUAUGAAAUCCUGAUGGAGGAUAUCCGCUCCAGAAAGUACAAUCUCCGCAAGGUUAUGGUGAAUGGUGACAUUCCGCCCCGGGUCAAGAAAGACGCACACGCCGUCAUAUUGGAGUUCAUUCGUUCGAGGCCACCGUUACGCAAGGCAUCGGAAAGAAAGCUGGCACCGGCACCGUUAAAGCGAGUUUCCUGUCCACGAGAGCAGCUGCUGGAUUCGAUACGGAAAGGACGCGUGCUGAAGCCGGUGCAUCCGAAGCUGAAGUCAAGACGGUGCAGUUUGUUAACACUUUCCAUCACUAUUCCACUUCAUCCAUUUCAGUACAUCAAUAUCAGUAAGUAUCGUGCGAAUGUAGUAUUUUUUUGUAAUAUUUGUGUUGGUUUUUUAUGUCUGUUGUUUUUUUCUGUAAAAGUCACUUGAGAGGAGUAUUGUUUGUGAGUAGGAUGUAUUUGUUCUGUUUUGUGAUACGUUUUGUAAUUCGGUAGUAACAUUUGAAAUUUCUCAAGUCGCUCGAAGUCCAAUCGAACACAUUCCAUCAAAGCGUGUCUGCUCGUUCCAACCUGUUGACAUGCGGCCACCAUAAAAGUCGUACAAUAAUUGUUUGCUCAGUCGAGCCCGCAACGCGGGGCUCUUGCACAUUCGCUGGAUGCACCCAAUAAUGCUGAUGACUUUGACAUCGAAUGUCGAUCAGUGUCGAUACGCUCAAGAGACCCGAACCCAACGGGGCGCUCAGGGUGACCCAGAUCAGGACGUGUUGAUGUGCGUCGGGUAUGCUACCUGUCAACACGCCGGCAUGUAUCGAAGGUUCAGGUUUCCGAGGUCUUGUCGGGAGUGCAUUAGGAGCAGCUGAGCAUUUCGUACACGCAAAACCAUUGCAUAACUAUGUACAGAACACACACCUUAUUUUUCGGAGCGAAUGUUUUGGGCCCUACCAGGGGGGGUGGGGAAGUCGUUUAUGGUGUACGCUAUGCAAAUGGAACGUUUCAUAGAAUGCAGCACAAUGCUCGUGUGUGUCUUAUUGCGUUUUGUUUGUCACCGUUUGACGUGAAGGGCGAUACGAUCGAUGCGAGAAAACAAUCAUUACGCGGAAGUGGGAGGCUCAUCCAAAACUGCUGCUGCAUGGAAAACCCGACAGCUUAAUAAUCAUCGAAGGAAAUGAAACUCCAAACCAAUCAAUUAUAAACCGUGCUGACAGACGGUUCGACAAGGGAAAGAAGAUUAUUCCGGUAUCGUAUCGUUGUCGACACACGCUGAACAAUCUUCUUCCGGUGCUAAACAUCCUCAACGUUUCUUCCGGGGCACGUCGAACUUUAUAUUGGUAAGUUUACCCCGAAACGAGUAGCUCCUUUCAUCUGAUGUCUCGUUUCGAAGAACAUCGGGAGCAUUGAAGAUUAAUUAUCGCAACCGCCUUGACUCACUUUCCCCCGCUGUACGAACGGAUGCCGGUGUGUACCUUUCAUCGAAAGGCAUCCGGAAGAUCGAUGGAAUCUACGACCGCAGGAAAUCACGAUGAACAGCAUCGUGUUGUGUGUGUGUGUAUGUGAACCAUCUCGGUGUAUUAAAGUUGGUCUUAUUAUUCGGUCGGACUGUUGUGAAUGUAACUGUCGAGACGGUUCACCUUCCUGCUUUCAUAUUGCUUUUGGUGAGCUUGAAAAGCCCAGACAAAAAGAUGACACCAGAAGACAGUCAUCCCGUGUGGUUCCGACCGUAAAUACUACCGGUUUAUGUUGACGAAUGGAAUGCAACAUAUGAAUGAAGAAUUUAUGUCAUAUAGUGGUCUUAAAAUAUUGUGAGAAAAAGCUUUCUGAGGAAAUUUCCAGUUGGAUGAAGUUGUGGCUCCAAUUUAACAAUUACUGCUAAAAGAUCCAGUAGAUCUUUCUGUUCUGCUUUGGAUACUGGAGAUGAACUACAACAUCAUAUACAAGCGAUAAUGAGACAACGAUCGUUCCUUUCCAUAAACCAAGCUAUAUUGACGGCGAUCCGGUGGAAGUUAACCGAUUUUCCAAGGAAUUGAGUAGCACCCGGGCGGUUCUAUAAUGUCUACCCGUGACUUCGUGCCUUUGAACCAACUUCUUCCUUUCUCCAUUCCGCUAGGUUUCUUCAAUUUCUUCAAGCGAUUGUUGUCGGCAUGUACGCUGUCUCGUUCCCCAAUCACUUUGGUCUAGGUCACUGGGGUGCUGGUAGCAAUCGUGAUCUCGAUCGAUGGCAACGCGCAAAGAUGAUGUAAGGCUUGUUCUGUCGCUGUUCCCUUUUUGCAAAAAAAACGGCGCUUCGGGGCGGCAAUCGGUUUUUGGGAAACUGUGGGAAAACCUCCUCUUCCCAUGUUUUGAGCACGUUAAGAAGCUACUCGACCGGCCAAUAAUUCACGAGUUGAUGUGUUUUUUUUUGCAACCAGAUUUUACCUCCAUUCUAUCUCGGCGUCAAGGUUGACUGAUGUUGGUGAUGAGAAAGAAAGAUGGUUAUUAUAUAAGAGAAGCCACCGUGGAAGUACUACAAAGCGGUACACGGGAUACGCUGCCAUUGGAAAUUAUCAAUUAACGUCACCGAGCGAAUAGAAGGAUGCGCGGGAAAGCAGCAGAAGCACAAAGAAAACACAGCAGCAGUAGAUGGUGAGGAAGCGUUCAGCCAGUAGCUGGAUUAAUGAUCGAAUGAUUGAGGAAAAGUUUCUCAGGGAUAUACAUUUUCAAUGUAACGCCGUACGACAAUACGGGGGAUACCACGAACAGGGUUUUCGGCUGCUUUGAUCCAUCAAGUCACAUUAUUUGUGUACGAUUCGGGGUAUUUUUUUUUAUUCAGUAUUGUAUAAUUUGUUAAGUUAAUUGAACAUAACGAUGAUUGCUUGAUGGAAUUCCGAUUCGUAUAAGCUAAACCAAAAGUGAACGAAGAAAAGUUCAUACCUACCGCAAAAUGCAAUCUGGUUUUGCGUGACAUUUUUAUUGAGACGCUUUCUUCACUAUUUCAGAAGAUUCAUUUUCUUAGAGAAAGAAUUAAAAUAUUAUCUAAUCAACAUAACCAGCCUCCAUCCUUCUUUCAUGUUCGUUCUCCCACAUACGAUCCUUAAUUAAACCAUUCGCAGUCAAACUAACUGGCCACAGCUAGAAAAUCGCCGCAAAGAAAUAAUUAGAGAUAUAAAAUUUAUUGACUGACCGAUCGCGGUUCGUCGCUUAUCAUCCUGUAGAGGUCCCUCUGUGAAUCCUGUGAAGUCUCUCUGAACCCAUUUAUUGGGUAUUAUACAUUUUGAUGUUUUUUUUCUUCUUCUGCCUCUCUUUACUUAAAUUCCACACCCGUUGACUGCAUAUGGUAUCGCAUAAAUUUGGAGUUUUAAUAUCAUUUGAAGUGAAACCACCACACGAGAUGAGCCGCGUACGCGGGAGAGUUUCUCAGCCUGUAACGCGACGGGGAAACCAUAAUUUUCCCCAUAUUAUGUGUUGCUCAGUUGGUAAGCUUUGGUAAGAAAAUGAGCUUCGCAACGGCUACGAGUUAUGAUUUUUAAAUUUUCCACACAUUGAAAACCCGCGAACACGGCCAGAUUUCGUCGCAAUGUGGUUUUUUUUCGCAUCGUAAUCAAACGAUUUCAUCAGGCCGAAAGUGACCGCAGUGUAUUUGGAGCUGAAAGCGACAUCUGUGUGUCAAACGAUCGUGUAUGGUAAAGAGAAAGAGGGAGAAUGAAAAAGAGCAAAAAAAGCUAUCUCCAGCUGAGUUUGUGGAGCCUACAAAUCCGUGUCUGAAGCUAACUAAUCGAAGACAUCUUCUGCUCAAUCGCUGAUGACGAUAAUUGAUGUUCGUGUUGUCCUCCCGACAAAAAAAAAACAAGAAAUCUAAAAGCGAAAGCUCGAAAAGGAUGCAAAUUUGCCUAAUGAUGCACGGACACGCGUUCUGCUUCGUGUUAAAACGCGGGUGAAAACGGGCCAUCGAUUUACUGCAAUCAACAGCCCGAUGAUUUUUGGGAUGAAUCAUCAAAACCAUCCCCCCCAAACGUGUCUUCAUAGUCCCGGUGAUAACGCUGAGCUGCAUGCAAGCGUUACAGUCCUCGCAUACUGACAAGAUGUCAAUGAUACGCUCCGCUGGCGGCUUACAUUAGCAUAAAAAUGUGCUUUUAAUGCACGGUUGUAGUGCGAUCGGGUGCAAACCGGCAUUGGUGUCAGGAGGCGGAAAGAUACAUGUCAUAAUGCAUACAUUUUGCGGUGCGUUGUGACAUCAUGCGCGUAAGAUAUUAAACUUUAUCUGUACACCAGUACGCGUGCUUAAACCAUUCGUUUAAUGUUUAGCGUUACAACUGAUCGAAACGCAAAAUGUAUUAAAGAAAGGAAUAAUGUAUUCAAAUAAAAAAAAUGGGAGAUAACAUCAAAACAAACUGAAUACAAAAACAAAUGAAUAAUAAUAAUGUACAUAUGUGAGAAAUGAAAGAAUGGUACGAAAGUGGUACUGUCUGCACACGACGGAUUAGCUACGCCACAAUCAAGCAACAACAAACCCGCACGGUCGGAAUGUAAAAGAUAUAAACAUGGGCCCAUCGAGGGAGGUCACACGUUUGCACACGAUGCACCCAGUGCAAUGGAGGGGUGGCUGGGAAGCUUCGAAAGGGUUUUUCGGGAAGAGUUGUGUGGGGUGCAUUGGGGACGAAACGUGUAGGGCACCGGGCAUCCAUCGUAGGUCGGGAAUGGAGAGAGAGAAAACUAUUACACACUCGAAACGACACGACUAACCUACAUAUUCGUGUCAUCUUUAUGCCCUUACUUACCAUCACCUCCACCAGCUUUGAUCACCUCACCGAUCCGACGCACCAAGAUCGGAUGGAAAGAAGAGGGCUGAUGAUUAUGAUACCAUACUCUCUAGGAGACGUCGCACGGAUGAGAAGGAUAGCUUUUUUUCUUGCUUUAUGUUUCCCUUUAGUCUAGCUUUCAAUGGCAAUCUGUAAGGUUAUGAUUCAUUAUCAUCUUGACUGUAGUGGAACGCGCUCGUGUGUGUGUGUUUUCACUUCCAUCUGGCCUUUUUAUUCCUUUCCUCCUUUUGAAGUGCAUUCCUGCAUCAUAGCUUAUCGAUUAUCGGAUACAUAUCGUGGCCCUUAUAGGAAGGUGCUAAGCUUUAACGUUAAGGAGAUGAGGAGUUCCCCCUUUUCGCGUGGAGGAAGUUGCGAAUGAAUAGAGAGAGAGAGAGAGCGUGAUCUUGACAUCGUUCGAAUCGAUUAUCGAAGCCUUUUGUACACUGCUGGCCAAUGAUGGUUUUCCUUCGUUUGUGUGAUUUGUUUUCCCUCCGGGAUUGCUUCAGGGUGGGGAUGGUAAGUUAAGGGACAACCCUUGACAGAGCUAAAGGGAAUCGAUCAAUCAACGUUUUUAUUCACCCGUGUAAUGGUUUUGUAAUUGAGAAAAGGGGAUUUUAUUUCCCUUUUCUAACCAUUUGAUUUGCAAUUGUUGAAAGAUUAAUAUCUGGUGUGCUUUAUUGUAAUUUGCUUGAAGAGAGGCUGCACAUUUCGAACCUAAAGAGUUCCGUUUUUCUAUUUUUUUAAAGAAAAGUUUUCUUUUAUAUUGGAUGGCUAGCUAAACUUACCAUCUUUAAGCUUACUUGCUAAAUUUUAAGUACUUGUAAAGAUUUUCUUAAAGAAUAUCUAGUGAAAAUUUCAAGUCAAUCGGUUCAUAGGUCUCCGUG